AUGAGCUCGACAGUUGAACAGGUUUCCAGUGUUUUCGACACCAUUUUGGUGUUGGAUUUCGGUUCUCAGUACUCCCACUUGAUUACCAGAAGACUCAGAGAGUUUAAUGUGUACGCAGAAAUGCUGCCAUGCACUCAAAAAAUCUCCGAACUUGGCUGGAAGCCAACUGGUGUGAUCUUGUCUGGUGGUCCAUACUCGGUUUACGCUGAGGAUGCACCACACGUCGAUCUAGAUGUGUUCAAAUUGGAUGUCCCCAUUCUAGGUAUUUGCUACGGUAUGCAGGAAUUGGCGUGGCUCAACGGUAAGCAAGUGGCUCGUGGUGAGAAACGUGAAUACGGCCCAGCUACUUUGAACGUCAAGGAUGCCUCAAGUCCUCUUUUCCAAGGCAUGGACCACUCCCGUGUGUGGAUGUCUCACGGUGAUAAGCUUCACGGCCUGCCAACCGGCUUCGAAGUCAUCGCCACUUCUGACAACUCGCCAUACUGUGGUGUGGCCCACAAGGAAAAGCCAAUCUACGGUAUUCAGUUUCACCCAGAGGUGACCCACUCCACCCAGGGAAAGACUUUGCUCAAGAACUUUGCCGUCAACAUUUGCAAGGCCAACCAGAACUGGACUAUGGAGAACUUCAUCGACACCGAGAUCAAGCGCAUCAGAGAGCUCGUGGGACCCACUGCAGAGGUCAUUGGUGCCGUUUCCGGUGGGGUUGACUCUACUGUUGCCGCCAAGCUAAUGACUGAAGCCAUUGGCGAGCGUUUCCACGCUAUUUUGGUCGACAACGGUGUUUUGAGACUCAACGAGGCCGCCAACGUCAAGAAGAUUCUUGGUGAAGGUUUAGGUAUCAACCUAACUGUUAUUGACGCUGCUGAUGAGUUUUUGGACAAAUUGAAGGGUGUGACCGAUCCUGAAAAGAAGCGUAAGAUCAUCGGUAACACUUUCAUUCACGUUUUUGAAAGAGAAGCUGCCAGAAUCCAGCCAAAGGGCGGUGACGAAAUCGAAUUUUUGUUGCAAGGAACUCUAUACCCAGAUGUCAUUGAGUCCAUUUCUUUCAAGGGUCCAUCUCAGACCAUCAAGACCCACCACAAUGUAGGUGGUCUCUUGGAGGACAUGAAAUUGAAGUUGAUCGAGCCUUUGAGAGAAUUGUUCAAAGAUGAAGUCAGACACCUGGGUGAACUGCUUGGAAUUUCUCAUGAGCUAGUCUGGAGACACCCCUUCCCUGGUCCAGGUAUCGCCAUUCGUGUCUUGGGAGAAGUCACAAGAGAGCAAGUGGCCAUUGCUAGAAAGGCUGACCACAUUUACAUCGAAGAGAUCAGAAAGGCUGGUCUUUACAACAAAAUUUCUCAGGCUUUCGCCUGUCUCUUGCCUGUCAAGUCCGUCGGUGUGAUGGGUGACCAGAGAACCUACGAACAAGUCAUUGCUCUAAGAGCUAUCGAAACUACCGAUUUCAUGACUGCUGACUGGUUCCCCUUCGAGCACGACUUUUUGAAGAAGGUGGCCUCCAGAAUCGUUAACGAAGUUGACGGUGUUGCAAGAGUGACCUACGAUAUCACUUCGAAGCCACCAGCUACUGUGGAAUGGGAGUAA